GCACCCUCCUGACCCUACACAGAUCCGACCACUGCGUUACUUGCUAGUCCGAGAAUUUGUUUUCUAAUCGCUCAAAAUGGUGGAGAUCGCCGAAAUGCCGUCUAUGGCUGUUGACGAGCCGUCUCCCUGUCCGCAGUGCCCGAAAACAUUCGCAAAUGUACGACUUUUACAGCAGCACCAGCAAAUGUUCCAUUCGGAUAAGUCGUUUAUCUGCGAGAUAUGUGGGAAAGCGUUUCGUUUUCGAUCGAAUCUCGCAGAGCACCGGUCAGUGCAUACAGCGCUGAAGCCAUACGUUUGCAAGUACUGUGGCAAGAGCAGCCGCCUGAAAGGAAACCUCACCAAGCACAUACUGAAACAUCAUAAGAAAGAACAAAAUGAACAGAUCGGGAAGGAUGAUAUAAUAAUCAAAAAGGGUAAAAAAUCGGUUAAGGACCCGGCAGCAGUGGACUUUCUGGAGAAAUCAAUGAUUGUUAUGGCUCAAAAUACGAAUAACGAGUCAACCUCACCAUGUCUUGUACCAAAGGAGGAGCCAAAUGAUCAAGAAAGGUCAAUCUUGAUUUCGCUCGGGCUCGACUACAGUCACUCACUGGACUUGCGGGACAGCCCGGAAGCGAGCGCUAGCCCUGAAAACGGCACAUACUGCUCAAUAAAGCCAGAAUAUAAUGAGGAUCAGUCAUACGGAAGUCCGUUACCCAACAAUACCGUUGGAGGCGAGACAUCACUAGCUGCUCUGAUUGCUUCAGUCGGUACGCCACCUCAUCUCUCUAAUAGCAAAACACAGUGUUCUGAGUGUGGCAAACACUUUCGUAAAAGUUCCUCUUUGCACGUUCACAUGACACUAAACCACGGAUUCCCUCCGCCGGAAUCCAUCGGUUCAUCAGAAGAGAAAACCAGCGAGUGUGAAGCCACCGACGAGAAUUGUCUUCGGACUGAGUUGCGAGCAAUGCGAAGCCUUGUAUCUGAUUUGAAAACGCAGAUAGCUGACUUACGCCAGACUCAGGCCGCACCCAGUACAGAGCAGAUGCUCUCCGGUAUGGACACUCGCAUAGGGCGUCUGGAGAAGCAGCUCGAGGUGGCGCUGAACUCGAUAUACACGUUGGUGCAGCUGACCACCGGGAUGAACAAUAACGUGACCCGCUUCCGAGAGGAUGCCGUCGACCAGCUGAAGGGUAUCCGAGCCCACCUCGACUCGGUGUCGGUGUAGUAUUCUCGUCCACUAACGCACGUGCACAACAGUACCAGUUCUAGUUAUUCGUUCUAGCUCUAAAUCCCGCACCUCAUCACCGCUUAGUGCAUUUUGUACAUUAUUUUGCAUUGUAAUUAACGCAGCAUUCAGGAUUUCUUGACUAUUAGUUCACCUAGUGUCAUCUUCCUCUAGUCGACGUUCUUUCUGUAAUACAUAUGUGUUAUUGUUUGUAAAGAUAGUUUUUAUAUUGUAUACUCGUUGUUCUAGUAAUAUGAGAAUCUGGAGAGUUAAUGCCAUUUUUAGGAAUCGUUUUGUUCUUCGCAUGUGCUUCCGUAUCCUUUCACUACAACAUUAAGAGGGAUAAUUGUUUCCGUUUGUUCUCCCUACAACUCGCUGCCUUGUGAGGAACAUUGCCAGAACUAAGGCGUCGCGUUAGACAAGACAGGGAGAUUGUGUGUUUGAUAUUUGUUGUUGCCAAUGACAAAUCUCUGAGCCUUGCCCAUAAUCUAGAAUUUGAUCUCGCCACAAUACCAUUGUUGUAUGUUUACAUAACAUGGUGUCAAACCGAC